GCACCGGGCCCCCGGGCGGAGCGGCAGGCAGCUCGGGCACCCCGGCGGGGCGACAGGCAGCGGGCCCCCAGGCGGGCGACAGGCACCAGGCCCCCCAGGCGGGGCGACAGGCACCGGGCCCCCAGGCGGGGCGACAGGCACCGGGCCCCCAGGGCGGGGCGACAGGUCUCGGGCCCCCAGGCGGGGCGACAGGUCUCGGGCCCUCAGGCGGAGCGGCGGGCGCCGGACCCCCAGAUGGAGCGACAGGUCUCGGGCCCUCAGGCGGAGCGGCGGGGCGCCGGACCCCCAGAUGGAGCGACAGGUCUCGGGCCCUCAGGCGGAGCGGCGGGCGCCGGACCCCCAGAUGGAGCGACAGGUCUCGGGCCCUCAGGCGGAGCGGCGGGCGCCGGACCCCCAGAUGGAGCGACAGGUCUCGGGCCCUCAGGCGGAGCAACAGGUCUCGGGCCCCCAGGCGAAGCGGCGGGCACCGAGUCACCAGGCACGACAGUGGGCACC